AAAUUUUUAUUCACUUUCAGGUCAAGACACCCACGAUGAAAAAUCUCUUCCUAUUUAUAGCGAUUGGCGUAGUCGGCCAAAAUUAUGCUGAAGAUUCAUCACUAAUUGUGAACAUUAACCAGGGUCCUGUAAAGGGCUAUAAGUUAUCAGGAUGGGAUUUAUUUGAAUUCCACGGUAUCCCAUACGCUACAGCUCCCACAGGAGAAGAUCGUUUCAAGGCACCUUUAGAAGCCCCUACAUGGACAGACACAUUUGAAGCUGUAGAGACAAAUGUAAUAUGUCCACAAAAUGGCAAUUCUUUGAAAGGCGUAGUUGAUCCGAAAGUCCGUGAAAAUUGCCUUAUUGCUAAUUUAUAUGUACCAGACACCGACAAAACGAGUCUACCAGUUGUUGUAUAUGUACACGGGGGAGCCUAUCAGUAUGGAUUUUCCGAUAUAUUUUCAGCAAGAAAUGUAGUACAGAGCAAGGAAAUUAUUGUUGUUACCUUUAACUACCGAGUAGGAGUACAUGGUUUCUUAUGCCUUGGCACAGAAACUGCACCCGGUAAUGCUGGUAUGAAAGAUCAAGUAGCUCUUCUACGUUGGGUGCAGGAAAAUAUUGAAUAUUUUGGAGGCAAUCCAGCUGAUGUCACUAUUUACGGCAGCAGUGCUGGUGCCAGAUCAGUCGAUCUUCUAUCCAUUUCUGAAAUGACAGAAGGAUUAUUUAUCAAGAUGGUUGCUGAUAGUGGUAUAACAUUAGGUCCAUCAACGGUUCAAGUCGACCCAAUAAGAAGCGCAAAAUCUUUUGCAAAACUGUUAAAUUAUACUGGCUCUUACGAUAUUAGUAGCUUGGAAGAAUUUUAUACAAACGCAACUUACGAUUUGUUAGUUUCUAUAGAUACAGCUAGAUUAGUCGAUUUCUUCUUUUCACCAUGCAUUGAACAAGAUAUUGGCCUAGAAAUGUUCCUUUCAGAAAGUCCGUAUCAAAUGUUGAAAAGUGGAAAUUAUCGUCAAGUUCCAUCCAUGUAUAGUUUCUGUGAAUUCGAAGGUUCUUUCAGAUUGAGAGUAUUUGAACAAUGGAAGAAUAUUUUAAUCAAAAACUUAACAGAUUUCUUACCACUUGACUUAGAUUUUCCCACUGAUGAGGAACGAUCUGAUGUUCUCCAAAAAGUCAAGGACUAUUACUUUGGAGACGAAGAAGUUAUAAGUAACGAAAACAUAUUACUGUUCAUCAACUACUUCACAGACACGAUGUAUGUCUAUCCAAUGCUAAGGGCUAUAAAAUUGCACUUAGCAGCUGGACAUGAGAAUCUUUACUUGUACCAAUAUUCAUUUACAACCGAGGAAUCAUCAGUGUUCCCAUAUAUAAACAAACGAGGAGCCUUCCACACUGUUCAGUCGUUUGUCAUUUUGGACAAUAAGAAUGAAACAACUAUUUCGACUGAGCUUAAAAAUAUGAAAACCAUAAUGCGUAAUAUGUGGUACAAUUUUAUAACAACUGGAGAACCUACCCUGGAAGGAUCGGUUGCUCAAGAUUGGCCAGCAGCACAGUUAGAUGAUAUCAAACUGAUGUCGUUUAACCAGACCAUAGAGUUGAAGUCCCUCGAACACAGGGCUCUCUUCUGGGAAGACAUUUAUGACCAAUACUAUAAAGACCCAAUCCCUCCCACUACAGACUGCGAAGAAUGAUUCUUCUGAGUGA